CUCAGCACGUUCUUCAGCUGACCGGACAGAGAGCGAGGGAGAGAGAGGAAGGAGGUUUCCGUCUUGGUGAGCGUGUAUAGACCAGAUGCAGACAACGGAACGAGUUUUUCCUUCCCCUGUGCCCUUUCCACACACUUUUGGAAGACUGCGAUUCUUGACAUCACAGCGCUGCUGAUGGUGCGCACUUGUGCGCGCUCCGCUCCGCUGCUGCUGCUGCUGCUACUGCACCCUCGCCUGUCCACAGACACACGCACGCACGAAGAGAGGAGAGAGCAGAAGCUGGUGUUAGCGGCUGUGGGGGUUAAAGCUGAAGAAGAAACUGCCAGGAGGAACUUAGACCCACGCCGCGUAUCGUGAUUUAUAACGCGCGCGGCGCAUCCAGCACUGGAUGGUUGACUUGAUUGGGGCUGUCAUCUGUGCAGAGUGAUGGCAGCUUCUCAGCAGCUCAUGUGAACGCGAGUGCACGUGUACAUGACUUCUCUAGUCUCUUAUCUGACUCUUAACAAUGAUCGCCCAAGGUCAUGUUUCUGCGCGGCUCACUUGUCCAACUAUUGUGCAUCUUUUCUUCUGCGACCGUGACCUGAUUUACAGAUAACUUUCGUCUGUGAACGGCACACUCAAGCUGGCGGACUGACCGUCAGAGAGCCGGAAUGACACUCGUGCGUUUUGUUGAUCGUCAUUAACAACUUUAAAGCCGAGACAAACCCUGGAUUAUGACUUGGAGUAAACUUUGCUCUGCGCUCCCGCCGAAGACCCAGUGAAGUGUCAGGUCUGAAUGCAGCGAAGUCGCGUCAGCGCACCAAGAUGUUAGGAAGUCCGUCCAACAACGGCGGCAUCAGAAUGCUGUCGCCCUCGGCUCCGAACGACGACCGGCGGGUCGAGUUCGUGGCUCUCACCGCUGUCCACACGGAGAGGAGCGAGCCGUCCACUCCGGAGCGCGGACACCCGUCUCACCGCACAGGUCUGCUGGGCACCCCGCUGCCGGGGCCACCGGGACCCCGGACCAACUCCUCCACGUCCAGCAAGAGAGCGAGAAAGUUGCAAAACUGCUUGUACAACGUGCUGGAGAGGCCAAGAGGAUGGGCCUUCAUCUACCAUGCGUUCAUAUUUCUGCUGGUUUUCAGCUGCUUGGUGUUGUCUGUGUUCUCCACCAUCCCUGAACACCAGAAGUUUGCCAAUCAAGGCCUCUUCAUACUGGAGUUUGUCAUGAUUGUCGUGUUCGGUUUCGAGUACUUCAUCAGGAUCUGGGCGGCGGGCUGCUGCUGCCGAUACCGAGGAUGGAAGGGGCGGCUGAGAUUUGCUAGAAAGCCCUUCUGUGUCAUAGACUUCAUAGUAUUUGUGGUGUCACUGGCGGUGAUCGCUGCAGGAACGCAGGGCAACAUCUUUGCCACCUCAGCUUUGCGAAGCAUGCGCUUCCUGCAGAUUUUACGCAUGGUUCGUAUGGACCGGCGGGGAGGCACGUGGAAACUACUGGGCUCGGUUGUUUACGCUCACAGCAAGGAGUUGAUUACAGCUUGGUACAUCGGUUUCCUGGUCCUGAUCUUUGCCUCCUUCCUCGUCUACCUGGCAGAGAAAGACUACAACACAGACUUCAAUACCUAUGCAGACUCCCUCUGGUGGGGGACUAUCACUCUCACGACUAUUGGCUAUGGUGAUAAAACCCCUCGUACGUGGCAGGGACGACUCCUCGCUGCAGGCUUUGCUCUUCUUGGAGUCUCUUUCUUUGCUCUCCCUGCUGGAAUUCUAGGGUCAGGUUUUGCCCUGAAGGUUCAAGAGCAGCACCGGCAGAAGCAUUUUGAGAAAAGGAGGAUGCCUGCUGCCAACCUGAUACAGGCUGCGUGGCGUCUCUACUCCACAGAUGCCAAACACUCCUAUCUCACGGCUACAUGGUACUUCUACGACAGCAUGCUGCCCUCGUUCAGAGAACUGACUCUACUGUUCAGUCACCUCCAGCGACAGCGCAAUACCAAGAAGGUUCUCCCCAACUCCUACCACACGCUGCUGUCUGGGCUGCGGCCCUACAGCUCCCCCUAUCUGUCGGGGGACAGCGGUAAAAUGGGCUUCCGCGAUCGUAUCCGGAUGAGCAAUUCCCGAUCGUCCCAAACCAUUCGAAACAAGGCGUCGCCACAGCCUCCGGGCUCCGGGGUCCGACUCUCUCCCAGCCAGGAGAACGUUCCAGAAGUCACCAGUCCAGGGAAGGUCCAGAAGAGCUGGAGCUUUAAUGACCGCACACGCUUUCGCACGUCGCUUCGCCUCAAGCCACGGCCCCCGGCUGAUGAGGGGCUUGGCGAGGACAGCGUGGAAGACAAACCAUAUUGUGAUGUGGCCAUGGAGGAGGUGAUCCCAGCUGUGAAGACACUUAUACGAGCUGUCAGGAUCUUGAAGUUCCUUGUGGCCAAGAGGAAGUUUAAAGAGACGCUGCGUCCCUAUGAUGUGAAGGACGUCAUCGAGCAGUACUCUGCGGGACACCUGGACAUGCUGGGCCGCAUCAAGAGUCUACAGAUGCGGGUGGACCAGAUAAUCGGACGAGGAGCUGUUCAGUCCGAUAAGAAGACUCGCCCUGAAAAAGGAGAGAAGACUCCACCAGAACUGGAUCCACUAGAUGAGCUAAGCAUGAUGGGACGUGUAGUAAAGGUGGAGAAACAGGUACAGUCCAUAGAGAACAAGUUGGACCUUCUGCUCAAUUUCUACUCCCAGUGCCUAAAGAAAGGCUCCUCCCAGUUUACCCUGUCCUCCCUCCUGGACCCCGACCUCACGUCCGACUACCACAGCCCCACGGACCAAAGAGACCUGUUCCCCUCUGCAAACACACUCAACAUCUCCCAGUCCGACACCGGCAACCUGGACUGUCUGUGAGCUGAGAGGUCUGUGGGGUCUGUCUGAACAAAAAACAAACAAAAACAAACACAGUUCCCCCAACAGUUCAUCUUCCUUUGGCUGAGUCCUCUCUCUGAGCAGCCACUCCCCUCACUCCCAUCUCAAAUCUACAUCCUCAUCCAUUUUUCUGAAUGAGUUUCCAUAGCUGAUACAGACUUGAGCUGACAGAGCCUCAGCCGAAGCUGCUCACCUGCCUCAGACCACUACAUGAGCAUGGAGAUGGAGAGGACACUUGAUUACUUGACUACUGAACCACAUUCACCCACUCACCUCAUGCUUAAUGUCUAUACUUGCAUUGAAGCUGCGACUGUAGAUAAUCUGACUUUGAGUUUUAAAGUUUUGUAAACUUUUGGAGAAAAGUUUUCUCGUCAUUAUGUCGACUCUUUUUUUUUUUUUAAAGUGGCGAGCUUGAAUCAACUGACUGAACUGACGGUGACAUACCAGCCAUAGGAUAUAUCAUCACAACUCUUGAUACUGUGGUGAAUGCGCUGAGAACAACAUUGUACAUUCACACCUCGAGAGAAAAUUAAGAAAAAAAAAAAACUCUACACAAUAGGGUCCUCACACUGUGUGUGUUUGUUCCCUGACCUGAGGAGCCGUCGACUCAGAAAUAAUCUGCAGACUUGGACUCGGACACGCGGCCCGGGCUGAGAGCCAAAUCUCACCAAAGCACCGAAUGUCCAUGGCACCCAAACAAAAGGAGUUUUUGAAAUG